UCGAGCUGCCUCACUUUGGCAGAGCGCGGCCCGCGAGAUGGCGCCCAAGACCGACAUCGGCGUGCUGGCCUGCCUGGCCCUGGUGCUCGUGGCCUCCUUGAAGACGGCCGCAGAGGCGGCCGACGUCACCACCGUAGGCCCAGACGUGGUGGUCCCCGGCGGGCUGCCGAUGCGCGUGGGCGACACCCGGCGCGUCCAGGUGCACGUGGACUACAUCGCGGGCCCGGUGCUCAUCGGGCUGUGCGGCGAGGCGAGCUGCAGCACUGUGAAGGUGGCCGGCUACAAGAAGGGCGUCAUGAGCUUCUCCACCUGGAGGGUCUUCGUCAACACGGUCGCCCCGUGGGCCCAGGACGACUCCGAGGAGGUUACACCGCAAGCGGGGCCCUUCAUGCUGUUCACCAAGAACGAGACCAUGGUCUUCGAGGUGUCUCUCCGCGCGGCCGACGGCGUCCUGGCGGUGUCCGUGGAGGGGCAGGCGGCCGUGACCGCCACCAUCGCGCCGCAGCCCGGCGAGACGGAGCUCAAAGUGCUGUCGCAGGCCGGCUCGGCCGUGCUGCUCGGAGAAGGCUCCGCGGUCCCGGGCCAGGUGACCGACGGGCACGCCAUGGCGGUCGGCGACCAGCUGGCCGUGCACUUCUGCGCCACGGGGCCGGGCAUGGCCACGGUGGGGCUGUGCGGCGCCAAGAGCUGCUCCUACGUGGCCGUGUACGGCCUGGACCAGGACGGCCGGCUGCGGUACGGCACGGCGGUGUCCCUGCUGCGCAACCAGCUCACCGGCCUCAGCGAGUGGAUCGAACAGCCCGAGUGGACCAACUCGUCGUUCGUGGCGGGCGAGCAGCGCGUGUUCGUGGUGUCGCGGUGCUCCGAGGCGGAGAUGCAGUUCUGGCUGGACGGCGCCAAGGCUGACGAGGCCGGCGCGGUGGUGAGCGUGCCGCUGGACAAGGAGCGCGCCGUGCUCAAGGUGCUCGGCCAGGCCGGCAACGUCGUCCUACGCGCCACAGGUGCAAAGCCGUUCUACUGUCCCGAGCCGGCCACACCCGCCACCGAGAGGCCCACGUCGACGGCGGCCACCGCGCCGCCGACCACGCCGGCAACGAGGUCCCCGUCGUCGUCCACUCCCAAGACCAGCGGCGGAGCGUCAGCCUUCUUCAAGUCGCCUCUCCUCGCGUUACUGACCGCUGCGCUUGUACUUUUAGCCUCAGUGCUUUAGUGUCAUUCAUUCAUUCAUUCAUUCAUUCAUUCAUUCAUUCAUUCAUUCAUUCAUUCAUUCAUUCAUUCAUUCAUUCAUUCAUUCAUUCAUUCAUUCAUGAGGCGGCGACAGGGCAGCCCCCACGGCUAGGGUGUCGAAGGUGUUGCCUACGGCCCCGGCGUUCCACGCUGCAGGUCCGAGAGACCUCGCGAUCCUGCACGCCAGCGCCCUCUACGCGCGACGCCGCCAAGCCGAGCGCCGGCAGCACGCCCUGGCGGCGGCGGCGGGAAGCUCGGAGCGCGGCGCAGCAGCCUUCCGCGAGGCUAGGGCCUCCAGCCGCCUCGUAUGAAAAACCGCGCUCCACUGGACCUCCUCCUGGACGAAGCAAAGUUCCCGCACGCACACGAAAAAGAAAUGGAUGCCGUGCUGCGGACCAUGAUUUCUUACGCGUGUAAUAAAAUGGCAAAAUGUUGGCUAACACGAUACGGAAA